AUGCCCGAGGCCACGCACGAAGGUCGCCAGAUGCUCGGAGUCAAGGUUCCAAAUGGCCUUAGCUGCGAUGAAUCGUUCCGCAUGUUUCUCGAGGCUGGGAUACAUGCCCGAGAGCGUGGAGGUCCUGACGGCCUCAUAUACUUCAUCUCUGACCUUCUCUGGGCCCAGAGAGAGGGCACGGGCUUGACAUAUGGGGGUAAGAAGUAUACCAAUUGCGAUGUCAAGACUGCCUUAUCCACUGGCAUUGUCUUCCUACCUCUUGUCAAUCCUGACGGUGUGCGCUAUGACCAAACAACAGACUCUUGUUGGCGGAAGAAUCGGAAUCCCACCAAUCCUGUUGACCUCAAUCGCAACUUUGACUUUCUUUGGGAUGUGAACACGGCGUUUUACCCCGGGAUCUCUAGCACCACGGGAACAUCCAAUGUCAACGCUGAGACCUAUCAUGGCACAGCCCCCUUUUCCGAACCAGAGACUCGCAAUGUCAGAUGGCUCAUGGAUAAGUUCACCAAGCUUCGUUGGUUUGUCGAUCUACACUCCUUCUCGGGGCUCGUCCUGUACCCCUGGGGAUCAGAUCAGAACCAGGCAUUUGACCCCAGCCAAACAUUCACCAAUCCUGCCUACAACGGCAAGAGGGGCAAAAUCCCAGACACUCCCGGUUAA